UUGUUUGCCCCCGACCGCUCAUACAGACAGACCCGUGGAUGAGUUGUACGUACGUACGCAUCUGAUGAACGCGGCCACGAUUCCAUUCGUGGUACGCGCUCUCGCUCAGUUGAAAAGAAACCGUUCCCCAGACUUGACGUACAUACAGGUGAUCUGCGCAUCCCGCUUGGCUGGUUAGUUUGUGAGUGUACUACAAUCCAGUCACUGUGAACACGAAAUUCCCAUCGCAAAAAUAGGGACGUCCGUUUGGUUAUUAACCAUAGCAGAAUUGCGAGAAAAAAAUACGGCGUACGUGAAUUCUUAAAGCCCCCGGGGGUGAAAGUUAAAACACACCCCAAAGAGAUCGUACCAGAAUACGAUCCACUCCUGCUGGGAAAGAGAUAGACCAAAGCAGCAGCAGCAGCAAACCUGUGCUCGUAUGCGUGUGCAGACACAGGGGCACGCGAUUGUAAUACGGUGAGAAAAGUGAUCCACAGACGCCGAACCACUGGAACCGGUUCCUACUCCAAUACACGGCACGGGAAUUGCUUCCAGCACGAACCAGCACCAGCAACAACAACAACAACCGCAGAUAGUAGAAACGAUGCACAUCCAUCCGAGCUCACCGAACUCCUCCCAGUCGGAGGAUGAUGCGGCCACCAAAAUCCAGGCCGGGUUCCGUGGCUAUCGCGUGCGUAAGCAGAUGCGCGGACAGGGUGGGGUCAGCAAUCCGGCUGGUGGCGUAGGUGCUGGAGCUUCCGGUGCACCAUCGGUCGGUACGGUGGAAGACAAAUCGGCCACCAAAAUACAGGCAAACGUACGUGGAUUUUUGGUGCGCAAGAAGCAAAAGAUGGCCACGGAGGCAGCGACUAAGAUACAGGCCAGCUUCCGUGGAUUCAAGACGAGAAAGGAGCUGAAAUCGAUCAAGAAGGACAAAUAGAGCGGCUGUCGGCAUGGUAGAAACAGAAGCAACAGAGUGUUGGAAUGCAAUCCAACGGAAAUGAGAACAAAAUGCGUUGCGCGUGCGUGUGUCCGAUCGGAUUUGAUGUGUUUUUUUUUUUGGGUUUUGGUGGAAACAGUUAAAACGUAGUGAAAAAGUGUUUGCAAAAGGAAUGUAACGAUUUGAGGUUUUUGGUUUUUUGAAAACAAACAUAAUGAUCGUACAAAAAGGAUAAGAACCAAAUUCGUAUAACAUCUGCUUUUGCUAUUGCUGAAGAAGAUGGUUUUCCCCCUUGUUUUGGGAUCGAUUUUUGGAACGGGAUAAGUUGUGUGGUGUUUUAAAAUUUAAAAAACUUUCAUUCGGUAACAGAACAAUUAAUCUGUUUGUGCAUGAAUGUCGGCAAUCGGAAUUUCCAGCUGUGUGACUUAUGUGCUGUGUGUGUGUCUGUUGGUGGUUACUUUUUUUUCAAUUGCAUCCCCCGCAUGUCCCCGCCCACCCAUUAGUGUGGGAUCAAAUUUUUGGUGAGCUUCUUCCAAAUGUCGGUUGUGUUGCCUCUACUUUCUUGUCUAGUUGGCAUGGCUGCUGACCAAAGCAUCGGGUGUGUUUGUCUGCCCUGCUCUGUAGUACUGAUGUUUACGGUGGUGUUGCGUUUCUAUAUCCGUAACGCAUUCCACAGCGGCAGUGAUCGAUGAAUCGAUCAUUGCAGCUUAAUGUUUGAGCCGCCGCGUUCGACCACGUUGUUUGUUUUGGUUUUGUGUAUAUUUUCGAAGAUAUGGACCGAAAAUCACCGAGCCAAGCGUGUAUUACUCCUUCGUGGUAAAAAAAUCACCUUCUGUAAAAGAUACUGCACACACGCACACGUAAUGUCCGUUCCCAUGGAUGAUCUUCGUCGAUCAUUUUUCCCCCAGUAUUCCACAUUUGGAUGGGAAGUUGAGUUCUUUUAUUUUUGUACCACUUUUCCACAACACCAUUUCUUUUUCUGUAAAGGGAAAUAAAAACACAGCAUAAAUCAUCGUUCUAGUUGAUACGCAAGUGGGGGGAGCACAUCAUGGAAAAAUGAAUGAGAUAGAAGCAAAGUGGAGAUCAGAACAGAACAGAAUAUUCGAAGCAGUUAAAUAUUGUAAUGUAGGUUCCUACCAUUUUUUUCCCCAGUGUGUGGACAGCCAACUUACACUAACGUGAGGGAGAAUGAACGCAGAAUGAAGAGAUCGUGAGAAUAAGAAAACAGAAAUCGACUGAAAUCAUAUGCUACUUGAAACAGGUCUAUAUGGGCCACCAGCUCUUUUCCGUAAAACUUCCUCACCGCCGCGUCUUGAAUGCUCUUCCGAUUGUGCUCUUUCCUGAAGGAGGAACGUCAGAGCUGGGUAAAAGUGAAAGCAAUUAGCUCCCUGCCGGUGCUUACGCACAUGAAACGUAGCCCCAAAAAUACAAAACCACGCUGGUUUGACUCAACACUUUGACGCGUACCAGAUCCACCAGACUUACCGAAAUCCAUCGCGAUCUGUUUAGGGUUUAAAGGAAUGUAUUCUUCUUCGAGAAGGUUUCAAACGCUCCCUUAGUACCAUGUGCAGUUGAGUCAAGGCAGUAGAACUACAGUUUAAAAGUAUUUCCGUUUAGUUGUGCGUUACUUCUCUUUUUUUAAAUAGUGAUAUAGUAAUACGUUGUUUUGUGACAAUAUACGAGUGAGGACAAUGAGGAAAAAGAAGGAAAGCAGGUGCAAAUCCGUGUAUGGUUUAUAUUUUGUAGCUGCAUUGCGCAAGGAUGUGAAAUUUGUUAAUAAAUAAUAGAUUGUAUUAAAUUUUAAA